ACACACAAACAAAAACAUAUGUAGAUACUGUAAUCCAAACAACUGCAACAGCUAUAAUGCGGACCAUGCAACAAUAUAUGGACCAGCAGUUUGAAGUGCAAAGAGAAUGGAAUUCCCAGUGCAUGGAUACAAUCAAUCAAAGAUUCAUACAGCUAGAACAAACAAGCCAACAGAGUAAUAAUAACAAUCAUCAGAAUGAUGACACUAACCAGACUAUAACCAACAAUCAACAAGGCAAUAUGGAAACUGACAGAGAUACUGGAACAUCACAAGGUAAUUACCCCCUUUCUUCAGUUAUAAACAAUCUAAUCAUAAGGACAAACCUGAAAAGUCAAAACAAUGGAACAACAAUGAAUGCUGGAGUGACAACAUAUAAAGUAACUGCCAGAAAGUUUCCAACAAUAAAUUAUAGCAUAAUAAAGAAUAUGCCAACAAUUCAAGGGUUUUUAAACCCAAAAGCAGCAGAGACAGAACGUAUUCGGUCAUGGUGGGUCAUGAAUUGGAAAAAAGGACAAAAAAUGAUAGAAAUGAUCCCACAAAAGCCAACGGUGACUUACAAACUAUGGAAAGCACUGGCAUUUGGUUCAUUUGUGAACCUUCACGAAUUUAUACAUAAAAACCUGAUUGACAGUGCAAAAGAAAUGAAUGAUGAUACUACCUUAGAAACUUCAGACGCAUUCAAAGCAUAUAUGGAUGCAGUAUUAAUGUUAUAUGAAAAUCGUGAACAAGAGCUAAACACAUAUAGAGAUCAUAUAAAUGAACUAUGUAUCAAAUAUGAGUUUACAGCUGUAAUGGAAUACGACGAAGAUCAUAGAGUGGCAUUAGUAACGGAUCGUGAUUCCACACUUCUAGACAGAAAUAUAGAAGCAGAAGGCAAGAAUUUUGACGUGACAACAACAAGAAAAACAAAAGAUAAUGGCUGGCGUCAGCCUAAUUGGGUAAACACAUACUGGCAAGAUGGCAAAGAGAUUUGCCUGAAUUGGAACUGUAGAACAUGCCCUGAGGACAAGAAUUGUGAAACAGAAACAAUUAUACUUCAACAAAUGAAUAACACAGCAGCAGCAUGA